GAGGUAAUCUGAUGCCUGGCGACGCUUAGUAACCAUACACGCCAGACGGGUCAGCAUACGGGAGCGAGACUUUGUUGUGUGCAGCAGCUGUCUACAUUUCCCCUGUUUUCCCCCAUCAAUUCGCCAUGCCGAGAAUAGAAGGCCUUGACGACGGGUAUCUGGAGCCCGUGGACGACUUUAACGAGGAGGUUGAGAAGUUACCGGAGGUGCCCAAGACGUUUCUGCGGUCACUGGAGGGACAACACGCAGGCAUCGCUGCCAGGCUCCCGCCCCCCUCCCUCUCCGCGUACUCUUACGUUCCAACGAGACGGGAACAUCCCAAGCCGAUUACGUACUUCAACAACGAUAAGAAGGACCGCCCAGUGUCAACAUACGACAGACUGUUCCACCAGCCGCAGGGCUACAACAACAAACUGCAUAGAGACGACAGGGAGCACGCCAAGUCCAGGGGGCUCAAUGUCAACAGCGAGGAGAGAGUGAAAGAUGUUCCCACACUGUCGUCCUCUGACUACGGCCACAAGCUGGACCAGUUCGUUGACCCUCCUGACCGCAAGCACGUGCGCAUCAUGCAUGUGAGGACGGAAUUCUACAGGCGAAACGAUAUCAACAUCUCCCCAGACAAGUCCUUACACUGAGAAUUUGUUGCAUAGUUGACAUGUCAACUCUUAUAAUUUAGCUGGGUAUCCAAAGAUCACUACAUUUAUAAAUGGUGUUAUCGAAGCCUUCUCAAGAUUGUCUUGAACACCUGGACACCUGAAGUGUAGAUUAUUGAAUGCAGCAUCAUAGGUAAAUUUCUUUAGAUUCAUUCACCUUUUCUUGGUGACUUAGUAAUAGUAUGCCCAGAAUUGUAUGAGUUGACCUUCCUGGAAUUCUCCAUAUUUGAAUCAGGUGGUCUAUUUUACACCCUUGUCAAAAUAUGCCAUAAAGUGGCUUAAGUAUCAUUAGACGUUGGGCCAAAGCAGUUUGAAGAUGAAGAAUUUUUGGUGUUGAGAGAAAGACUGUGCAGUUGAAUAUGAUAUGAACUUGAUUUUGAUAAUGCUAUUGACUCCUGAAAGCCUUAAUGUAACUUGUUACCAUGCCACAUUGAAGCCACAUUGCGCUUAGAAAUCAGCAUUACAAAGAGAGGAAAAGUGGUAAAAGAGUUGGGUUGUAAAAUAAGUAACGUUAAGCUCUUUUAAUAGUUGGAGGUAGUUGGUGGAUGUUAUAAUAGCGUAGACCCUUGUAUAUUCACUAUAAAAUAUUGCCGAGUUAAAUAGCAGAUUUUGUUGUUAUAUGUUGCAUUCUUGAAAUGCUAAAUGACAUACACGUACAUGAAUAUUACAGCAUAUCUUAUAUUAGAUAAGCUUAGUAACAUGUUCUGAUUUGGAGGAGGGAAAACUGUAUCUAGAUUGGUAGAAAAAUCAGUCAUGCAAAUGACUGUCUAAAUGCACUGAGAGUUCACUAAAUUAUCAUGUUCUUUGACACCUUUGUAAAUUAUCAAGUGUCUGACUCUUUAAAGUUGGGCUUUGUAAAGUUACAUGCAGUCAUGUUAUUGAUUAAUAUGUUGUAAGCAUUGUAUUUGUAUGUUGAUUUCUAAUAGAAGAAAUCAAUAUUGUUUUAGUGAAAGAGUUGCUUAUAUAUAUCUCACAAAAUGUUACUAAAUACAAACGUUUGAAAAGAACAUCGUGCACUUGUUCUUAUUUUGAAUUAGCAAGGUUUCUAAGAACUGUCCAACUGCAAGC